CUUCGGCUGAGUUUCCAUUCAGCCCGUGGAGAAUCUGAGCACUAUGGCUGCUACUGGAAGUUUUCGUAUGGUGUCCGAGGAGGAGCAGGCAUUACGGGCUAAGCUUGAACAUCUGACUGUGAAAGACCACGGGCCAGUGUAUGGACCUUGUAUGAGACUGCCGGAUCAUACAAAACAGAAGGCUAAAGAUGAGCUGAACGAAACAGAUGAGAAGAGAGCGUCUGCUAUAAAGGAACUCAGAGCCAUGAUUAAAGACAAGGCAGGCCAAGGAGAUGAGGUGGCCAAAACUGUGCAAGACAAAUUCAGCAAGGAGCCUGACUCUCUACUCCUGAGAUUCAUACGUGCGCGCAAGUUUGACGUGGCCAGAGCACACGAGCUCAUGAAAGG